CGGUGUAAGGUCUACAAUUCACCAAGCUUGAAAUUAAACAGGUUUCCCUGGUUGUGUGCCCCGAAGCCGCUAGAGGGCUACAUGUAUAUAUUGGUCUGUAGACGAGACGAUUCGGAUGAGCUUGGUGCAGGAUGGAUAUGAUGGGAUGGUGGAUAAUGGUGGGUGGUGGUGGUACCAUGGUACUUGCAGUGCUUUCGCUACGUUCACAUUCGAAGCCGGUGGAAUUGGCAGUGGUUGGGCGGUUAGGGACCGGUGGGGGGAAAAGGUAUCGUGAAGCACAGGAAGCGCAGGCUCUGCGCGUUGCCGAGCCUCGCCAUUGGCUCCCCACCCUAUAAAAAUUUAGGAUUGCACACAAUGUGCCGAGAGGGAUAUCGAAAGAGGGAGAGAGAGAGAGAGAGAGCAUCAUCUCUGGCUCCGCGAGGAGGGGGCGGAAGCGCUCUAGUCUCAUACAAUUCCUGCGUGCGCGACUAUGCGCGUCUUUGGAAAACAGGGCUCCUGAACACUCUGAACUCGUCGCUGAACGGCUUGAACAUUUCGGUUAAUCUCUGACGUCGCUGUUGAAGGUUGGAAAUGAGCAAUCCAUUGCAGGAUGAUUUGAUUGCUUUUAAUUCCACUGCAGAAGCAAACUCCUCUGAGAUUACCAAAGAAGCUAUAGCGGAAGAAUCUGAUGCACACGCCUCCGAGCCUAACGAGUUAACGCCAUCAUCGACUGAGGUUUCGGUUUGUGAAAUUUGCAAUCGACAGUUCCUGAAGAAAAAAGAUUUACGUUCCCAUUUUUUGGUUCACGUCGGACAACCUCGAGUUGUAUUGAACAGGAUUCCCAACCGAAAACCUGCCAAGAAGCACGUGACUGAUACAUAUCGCCUUGAUCCUGAGAAAAAAGGUUCAUUGAAACUGACACUAAAGAAACAAGGCUCCACGGACUCACUCAAACUGACUCUGAAAAAAUCAUCAAUCUCGCAAGAUUUUGCAGUUGUGAAUACCAAUUUGGAUUCAGAAAAUUAUCAAAGAAACGACGUGGCAGGUUCCGGGACAAAUGAUUCAAAGGAUACAUCCAACACAGAAAAUGAUGCCGAUGAACCUUUUGAAAAUGUGACGAUAAAUCAACAGCAGGCAUUAUUCUUGAUCUGUAAUAUGUUACAAAAAUAUGUCAUUUUACUGCAGAGCUACGAGAAUAAUGAUUAUAAAACUGACGAGCGGACCGAUCCCUUACAAGAUAGAGAUAGACCACCAUUCAUGGAUAUUAAUGAAGGUGAUUCAGGUGUCGGUAGCGAUACUGUCAAUGCGCCUGAACGAGAGGAUCAGGCCAUUGAGGAUCAGCCAUCGAUCGACGGUCUAGACAAUUCUGAGAAGGUUUUACCUGAGAUCGAUGAUCAUGAAGAGUCUGAUGCGAUAGAAGCCACCUGCAGAGAAGCGAUUGAAAAUUUGAAGAAGCUUGGCGAAGACACCAGGACUGUAGAUCCCUUGGCUGAUACUGGUUUGCCAAUAGAAGCGAAUACCGAUGAAACAACUGCGAUGAUUCAACAGCUUACAGAAAACUCAUCAAUUAGCAUUAUUCCUAAAUCUUCCAUAUGUCCUAUUCCAUCCCCAAAACCAAAUUCCGCACAUGAAGUUCAAGGAGAAGCUAACCAGUCUCCAAAAUCAAAUCCUGAUUUUAAUUGGAACGAACUAUCGAGUGAUUUGUCAAAUAGAAAUACGGAAAACACAGAUAAACAGGGAGAGCAAACUGUAGAUCAAGCAGAUCCCCAUACUGGUUCAUUAUUACAAAAUUUUUUAAUGGAACAUCACAGACGUAAUGAAAAUGAAACAUCUUUAUCAAGUAAUUUGCCACCUGGAGAAACUGAAUAUGUAUCACUCGAGAGGUUAGCAGAAACUGUGAGCACCUGUCGUGUCUGUAAUGAAAAAUUUCCAGAUAUAACUCAGCUAGAUGUACACAAAACAAAUGCUGGACACUUUCAGUGCAACAUUCCAGAUUGUGUGAACCUCAUUUUCAAUUCACUAAGGGAAGUUUCUGUACAUAAAGCUCAAGCACACGGAGCGCCAAUAUCUCCAAACUUGAAUCAAUUAUCACCUCAUGUAAAUACAAGUUCACCCCAUGGGGGUAGUUUAGGAUCAACACAUUCUUCAAACUCACCGCAAUUAAGCAGGACAUCCCCAUUAAGAUCGCCUCAUCAAACUGGUACUCCACCUUUUAUUUCUGGUAAUAAAAACCAAAGGCUCAGUCCGCCAGUGAAUUUUGAUCAAUUACCGGCACCUGUGCAACAACUUGCUCAACAAGUGCAACGUAUGCCUCUACCUCAACCCCAAUUACCUCCGUCUCUGCCUCCAGGUGUCAAUACCCUAAUUCCUGGUCCUCAUUAUUAUCAGUCACGCGGAGGACGUCCUCCGAUGUAUAACAUGCCUGGACCUCCUCAACAGAUGCAUUUUCCUCCACAUUUAUCCCAUUUAUAUCCACCAUACAAUACGGCAGCUUAUCAACAUAUGUCUGGUGCUCCACCGCUCAUGUCACAAAUGCCCCAUCAAAUGUCGCGUGGCAGAUAUCCAGCUCCUCAUAAUCUCAGAGCGCCAAGGAUACCUUCACAGGCUGGACCUGUACCCAGACAAAGACUGAAACGGUCGGCCCAACUAGUGGCCCCACCACAACACCAACAAAUGCAUGCAGCAUCUAAACAAAGACGAAUGGAUGUAUUGGUACCUGAUAGAAAUGAAGAUGCUGAUUGUCACAUAAUCGCACAACAAAAGAGAAAUGACGGAUUACCUGUUAUACAAAGUGUCCAAGGAGCAGUUCAACCAUCUGUACGAAAUGAUUCGACCAUACAUUUAACAGAUUCCAUUACAUUGAGUGUCCGACAGCCAGCACAAACGGGGAAUUCCUCCAGCCCCACGGGUAAGAAAUCUGAUGCAAAAGCUGUUGCAAAUGUACUGGCUGCUCGGGGAAUCACCGUUACGCCUGCUGCAAGUAAAAACAAGAGCAGUGAACAAGGUAAACAACUUCCUCAACCACAAUUGAGAGCACCACCUUCGCCAUCCCAGGAAGUAAACGUGACAUCGUUGAAUUUAAAUUCAGCAAUAUCCAUCAUUCCUGCAACUUCUCAAAGAAAACAACAGGAACAGCAAGGACAAUUUGCAGUACCACAAACCAGGCCAAGCAAACAAUUAACCAGUGAUGUCGAUCGACCACCCAGGCCUCCCACAGUUGAUCUCACGCAAGACACACCCCAACCUUUGCAUCACAUGACACGACGAGGCAGACCAUCAAAAGCUAUGCUGACUUGUCAAGUAUGUGACAAAAUUUUUCAAAAUCAAGAAAUGCUGACACAACACAUGGCGACGCAUCAGACACCUAGUAAACUGCUUCACAAGUGUCAUCAGUGUCCAGCCCAGUAUCCGACAGCACAGGCAUUAGCCCAACAUAUACAAACUUACCAUAAAGAAACAGAAACAAUGUUACAGAAUGGUGGGGCAGAGCUAGCACUACCGGUUGUAGAUUUGAAAUCGCAUCAAGUUCUGAAUCGUCUUUCAAGUCUUGGUAUUCAAAGUUACAUUCCUCUGUCUCAACUUAGUGCCCAAACUGGUGGCUAUUUUGGACUACCUAUAGUAACGAGAGAUGGUGUACGUAACUCCAGUAUUUGUAAUUUAGCUGCCCUUGGUGCGAAUUCUGUUUUAAGUUUAGGACCUCUCAAGUACUUGCCGCCCAGGUAACCAUUUACGAAUACAUAGUUUGUGCUUGAAUUAUUCAUAAUGCCUUACAAGAUUAAAUGUGAAAAAGCUCCCUACGACAUAUUAUAAUUCUAGAGCAAGUGAGCGAAGAUUGACAGCCAGAAGGAAACAAUGAAAUUAUAGGAAAGAUUAGAGACUUAUAGGAAUUGAAAAAAAAAAGAUUACAAAAAACAGGAAAGUCGAAGAGAAAUCAUCAGUCAUUUCAAUGAUUAAUUUCUGUAAACUGAUUAAUAUCUAACAGAAUAG